CACUCUCACUUAAAAAUGGCGGCCUUUUCAACGGUGUCGGUCUUUGUAGUUCUGAUCAUCGCCUGUGCCGCUGGAGUACAAGCCAACGGGAUCGGAUCCACCUUUUCCGAUGAGAAUCUGAUCAGACAAGUGGUAUCCGAUGGUUUACAUGAACUUGAGACAUCAGUUCUCAAAGUAAUUGGUCAAACUCGCCAUGCUCUCACUUUUGCUCGAUUCGCUCACAGGUACGGGAAGAAAUAUGAGACUUCCGAUGAGAUUAAGCAGAGGUUUUCGAUCUUCGUGGAGAGUUUGGAGACGAUUAGAUCGCAUAACAAGAAAGGGCUAUCUUAUACUCUUGGAGUCAACGAAUUUGCUGAUAUGACAUGGGAAGAAUUCAGCAAACAGAAACUCGGAGCUGCUCAACACUGCUCUGCUACUAGAAAGGGCAAUCACAAACUCACUAAUGCUGUUCUUCCUCUCACGCAAGAUUGGAGGAAAGUAGGAAUUGUGAGCCCAGUUAAGAAUCAAGGUUCCUGUGGAUCUUGUUGGACAUUCAGCACCACUGGAGCUCUGGAGGCUGCUUAUGCCCAGGCUUAUGGGAAGUCAGUUUCUCUGUCUGAGCAACAGCUUGUAGACUGUGCCGGUGAUUUUAAUAACUUUGGGUGCAACGGUGGGUUGCCUUCCCAAGCGUAUGAGUACAUCAAAUACAACGGUGGACUUGACACUGAGGAAGCAUAUCCUUACACCGGAGAAGAUGGUGUUUGCAAAUACUCAUCAGAGAACGCUGCUGUCCGUGUCCUUGAUGCUGUUAACAUCACCAUGGGUGCUGAGGAUGAAUUAAAGCAUGCAGUAGGUGUUGUUCGUCCAGUGAGCGUGGCAUUUCAGGUGAUUUCGACCUUCAGACUUUACACCGGAGGAGUUUUCACUAGUGAUGUCUGCGGCAGUGAUCCAAUGGAUGUGAACCAUGCUGUUGUUGCUGUUGGAUAUGGUGUGGAAGAUGGUGUCCCAUAUUGGCUUAUUAAGAACUCAUGGGGUGCGGAAUGGGGUUUGAAUGGCUACUUCAAGAUGGAGAUGGGAAAAAACAUGUGUGGUGUUGCGACUUGUGCAUCCUACCCUAUUGUGGCCUAGGUGUUAUGGAAGAAAGAAAUGAAUGUAAAAAAAGGGUUUUAGGUGAUUGUAAUUAGGUCUAUGUUGUUGUUUCAUAAAUGGGUGAGUGAUCCCACGAACACAAAAACCAAGCUCUAUUUGUAAAUCUGCUUUAUCAUAUUUAUAUAAGUAUUAAGUAAUAGUAUAACUAUAUGGACCCUUUGUUAUUG